ACCCUCUGCAACACUCGUAGCUUUUGUUUUCCUUGCACUCUCGUGAUCCCACUGGACUCAAACUAAGAACACCCAAACUGAAAAUUGAAGCAAAAAGGAAGAAAAAUGAAAAGUUUACGGUUUUUUUCCACUAAUUUAACUCGAAUCCAUAAAACCCUUGUUCCAAAUCCAAGCAUUUCCUCUUCCACCCAAUCUUCAAACAGCUUUUACCUUACUCCAACACGAAAUUAUACCACCCCAUCACAAGAAUCCACCAAGCAAGCUCCUUCCGAAAAGGUCUCCGCAAUCGUCGAUGAACUCUCCGGUUUGACUCUGCUCGAAGUCAUGGACUUGACCGAAGUCCUCCGUCAAAAACUGGAUGUUAAAGAGAUGCCGAUAAUGGCAGUGAUGAUGCCCGGAAUGGGAUUCGGUGGGGCCAUGAGAGGAGCCGGGAAAGGUGGGGCUGCUGGCCCUGGGAAAGGGGAAGAGAAGGAGGAGGAAAAGAUGGUAUUCGAUGUGAAGCUCGAGGGGUUCGAUGCGGCGGCUAAGAUUAAGGUUAUUAAGGAAGUUAGAGGGUUUACAGAUUUGGGGUUGAAAGAAGCUAAAGAUUUGGUGGAAAAGGCGCCUACUUUGUUAAAGAAAGGGGUUACUAAAGAAGAAGCUGAGAAGAUUAUAGAGAAGAUGAAAGAGGUUGGAGCUAAAGUCUCCAUGGAGUGAGAUUUUCUCCGAGGAAAAUGGGACAAAGAAGAAGAUCAAGGCAUUUCCUAGAAAAUGCAGAGUAACUGAUAUUGAUGUAUAAUGGAAGGAUUACUGUUGUGUGAAGGAGGGUCAAUUUAGGAUUCUUGACAAAGCAAAAUGUUCUUUGAAAAGAUUGAUUUGCAGCAGCUGAACCCAUAUUAUGUUUUCAUUUUCAUUGAUCAUCACAAUAAUUUAUUGAUGAUUCUAAACCACCUGUUCUUGAGCUGAAUUUUGACAGUAGAUUCAUUUUAUAAAUAUUUUUUUUCCCA